AAUAAAAAGCGAUCAGAGAGCCUGUGGUGAUUGUUUUAAACGUAUCAGUGAGAAAAUAAUCCAGAUUAGGAUUAUUAUGGAUGUAAACAGCGCGUUUUAGAGUAGGCAACUCGAUUUAAAGCUCCAAGAAGGUGUUUCUAUGAAAGUUAAACAUCCCCGCUGCGAUGAUGGAGGUUUGUCUUUAUAGUAUUACAGGGAGCAUCAGUGACCGGGCUUCCAUUACUCUACUCAGGGGGGCGGUGCACUUCUCCAGACCCCUCCCGCCCUCUAAAGCCGCUCCGCAAACAGCGACCAGCAGCAGUCCGGAGCCAGCUGCCUCCAAUGCCCGCAGCCUCUCCGGGACACAGCGCCACCGAUCAAGCGUGUUGAGGCUGGAAGUGGGAGGAAGCAUGCUGGAAAACGGCAGGAAGGUUUAUAAGGAGGGUCUGCUGGAGAAGCGGAGCGACGGGCUGCUGCAGCUCUGGAAGAAGAAGCGCUGCGUCCUGACGGAGGACGCCGUGCUGCUGCUGCCGCCCAAGCAGCACGAUCACCCGCAGCAGCAGCACGGAGGGGAGCCGGGCAGAGUCAAGGAGCUCCACUUCGCCAACAUGAAGACGGUGGACUGCGUGGAGCGGAAGGGAAAGUACGUGUACUUCACCGUGGUCAUGGCGGAGGGGAAGGAGAUCGACUUCAGGUGCCCGCAGGACGAGGGCUGGAACGCGGAGAUCACCCUGCAGAUGGUCCAGUACAAGAACCGGCAGGCGAUCCUGGCUGUCAAGUCCACCCGGCAGAAGCAGCAGCUGCUGGUGGUGCAGAUGCCCGGACACAAGAGCGUCCGGAGCGCGCCGAGCGUGGCGUGACGCGCGGGGCGCCCCGCAGACACCCGCGCGCCUUCAGCGGUGGAUUUGACUCUCAGCCGUGGAAGAAUAUAAACCCGGGCUUCAUCUCCCCCUGCUGCCGCUUCACCGAGCUCUCGUUUUAUGUCGUGGUCUCCACACACCAGCCCCCCCCCACCCUCCCACCUCUGUUAUUAAUACAGUGACUUGCUUCACAAAAGACUGAUGGACUAAAAGCAUGUGAGAAAACACCUGUAUUCUACCGUGCAAUGGAUUUGUCCCUUAUUUAUUAGAUGUGUGUGUGUAUAUAUCUAUUUUUUAUAAAAAUGUUCUGUCUUUGAAUGUCAAAGGUGGGAUUUGCUGGAGUGGAACAGGAAGCAUUUGGUUGACGUAGAAAACGUCUAACAAACCGGAACCUUAAGGGGAAGGUUUCUGUAGACGGCUUAAACAUUUCUCUACUCCUGCUUUUAUUUUCUAACAGAGCCAAAGACUCAUUUUAUACAGUUCUGUUUCUGUGCAGUGUUUCCUCCCACUACACUAAACAUGUAUAAAUGGAGAACAUGAACAAUUGGUUUUAUAUGCUUGAUAUCUCAGUGUUUCCAUCGUGUGCUUUAGUUGUUUUUUUCCCUCAGUUCUAUUUUUGCUGCAUUUGUAAAUAGAAGGAAACUUGUUUAGAACUCAUUCUGGCUUAUUAACAGUGAAAGAAACUUAUUGUUUGAAAAAAACUGAGCUGCUUCAGAGACAUCUUACUGGAAACAUAAUAUAUUAGGUUGGAUCUUAGUGAAAAAGCUACACUGGAGAUGUCACAACUUAUAAAAUCGGUGCUAAAUCAUGAGGCUUAUUGUGCUUCUGAAAGGAUUUCCAGCUACUGUUAUUAUUUUUUUUUUUGGUGACAACACAGGCAGGUUUGAAUACUAAGAAAGCAUGAAGGAAAUUUGCUUUGUCAGCUUUUGAUGCGUUUGAUUUAGUCAGAGAAGUUGGAUUUUCAUCUUUGUAAAUCAGAGGUCUCCAUGUAGUUUAAGGUCCAAUAUAGAAAAUUUCCCUUUUUUUUUUUUAGAAUUUAAAGACAUUAACUAGACAGAUACCUGUUUCCUUUGGAUUAUUGGAGAUAGAUAACAUAAUAUAACAUAACAUACUGUUUUUUUCUUUUAUUUGGAUGUAAAACAAAGUAAACAUAUUUUCACCUCUUCAGUUUAUAAAACUUAUUAUAAUUUUAGUUUUUCACUAAAAGACUUUCAGGUACAAAAAGUCCUUUCUAUCCAAAAGGAUGCAGAUUUUAUUCUUAUUUUAAAACCCAAUUGUUUAGGACAAUUUUCCUACUUAUGUACUCCUAGUAUCAUGACUAUAACUCUAGUAUUAUUAUUUUUUUCUUAUGAGUACCUAAGCCAGGGGUCUGUGACUAUCUGCAGCGUCUACAAUGGCUCCUAUUAGUGGCUGAAAAUGAUAAUUUUUUUUAAACAAUAUUUAAUGGCAUUUUCACAAUAGAAACCCCUUAAAAUAACUAAAAACAUGUUUUUUAGAUCUAUUUUUCUUGUCAUCAAGUUGGAAAUUGUGUAUUUUUUUGCUUAAAAGCAAAAAAUACAUAUGUUGGUUAUUUAAAAUGGCAACAGAUUUCCUAUAGCAGAAAAUUAACAAUAAUAGUAACUUGAGUUCUAUUAAAAGGUUAUAUUAUAUUGCUGGCUGGAAUUGGGGCAAAAUGGCUGUUUGGUUGCAGGCCCCUGUCCUAGUCCAAACAUGGAUCAGAACCAGAAUUUAGUUAAAUUUGCUGCAUUACCAAAUUUUUUUUUUUAAGUUUAUUUGGUAGGGACAGACAAAAAUGGACAUGGACAAACUGAACAAAACAGCAGUCUCAUGUUUGCGUCACGGUGCAAUAGCAACAGCUAAUUCGCAGCAAAACAUGAUGGCCAGUACAGGGGCUUAAAAUACUUUACUGAUAGAAAAAUGGAAGUAGAAAACAACAAGAAAUGAUGAGGCAUAGAUCUGAAGUGGGAAUGAGAAUUGGCGAUUAGCAAAUAUAGAAAAAAGUAAAGUUGAAACGUCUUUGGGCGCAGAACGUAGCAGUUUAGCAAGCUAAUCUAACGUACUCCUAGCUUGCAUGGUUAGCUUACCAACUGUUUUUUUUAUUUUAUUUUAUUUUUUAGAUUAGUCUAAUAAAUGUUUUCUGGUAUGGGACAUUUUAAAAAGCACUCUAAAGUCAGAAUUCAACUCUGGACAGUGCAAUGUUUCUCAUCGCGGUGAUCUCCAAAUCCAAAAUGGCCGCUUAUUUGAACACAGAUUACCUGUAUCUGUUGUGAUAUAUGUCCUAAUUCAAAGUAUUAUUCUACAAUCUUUUUUUCAACAGUGCCGCUAGGGCGUGUUGUUAAAAUUCCCUGUUAAAUAUUAGCUGAUACCACUAAUGGUAGCGUACAUUAGCAUAUAGGGACUACAUUAGCAUUUAACGAUAGCUAUGCUAGCAUAGCAUUAAACAUGGAGCUGGUUUGCAUUCCCAGAAUUAGGUUCACCAAAGAUACUGCCAAGCUAGUGACUAUUUAGCUAGCAGAUGGCGAAAUCUCCUAAUUAUCAUGUAAAAUCAUGUCGCUAUCACACCACUGGUGUGACAGAUUAAUUAAAGAUUGUAUUGAAAGCUCUACAAAUUAGCUUAUUGAUCUAAAUACACCACUAUAGUUUAAAAGCAUUACAUUACAUUGCAUUACAUUUUAUUUUCAGCUAUCCUUUGCUAGUGUAUAUUAAUUUCCUGGAGACGCUCAGCUAAUCCCUGUUCAUUCUUUCUAAUUAGAUCCAGACCACUUGCGUAUGACUGUGUAAGAAUAAAGAAGGAAACCAAUAUGUAUCUCAAUUAGUCACUGUUGCAGCUCAGUUUGUGUCUUUGUAAUAAAAAUAUGAAUCUGCUUUACAUAUUGAAGGCAUUAAAAGGUGUUGAUGGGAAAGGAAACAUAAUAAUCCUGGUGAAUGUGGUGAUGCAGAGCAACGUUCAUCGAUACAUGUCUUGUGUUGCACCAGGACGUGCUGUAUUUCACUGUGGCUUCUGAGGUUUCCUUUUCUGCGUGGAGGUUUUUCCCAACGCUUGCCUUUGUAUCACAGUUGAUCCAACACAUGCCUCUGUGUUGCUGUCAUCUCCCACACAGGGCCAUAGCGGUGCCCUUUAUCUAUCACGGCCGGCGUGAUGCUUCUCCAACAUGCCUUCCUGUUUUCAUCAUUCCACUGUCCAAUUUCUUAUUCCCACAGAGUUUUAUUUUCAUACCUCAAAAAGAUACAUUCCAUUAA